GCUCCGACUAGGGCUCCAGCUCCGGUUUUUCCCUCCGCCAUCCUCUCCCCCUCCCCGCCUCUCCUUUAACUCCCCCCUCCUGGGCUCGGGACUGGUUUCCUCCCUUAGCCCGCUGCCCUCAAUCCCAGCGAGGCUGGGGCUCCGGCUCGGCGCCCCUUUCCCCGCUCCCUCCCCUGGCGCCCCAUGCCGCCCCCGCCCGGCCCCCGGCUCCCCCAGUCCCCUACUUAGGCCCGCUCACCGAUCCCGGGGUGCCGGCGCGUGGGCCGGGGGCAUAGGGCGCCUGCAGACCGCCCCUGGAAGGGCUCCUGUGGGCUGAGAGCUCCGGAGCGGGGGCACAGGCGGAGCAGGAAGCGGGUCCGCGUGGGAGCCGGGGGCAUCUGCCACCCGGGCGGCCCGGGCAGAAUAGCCCGGGCGGCCAAGGCAGUCACCCCCUGGGGGUGAGCGACUUUGGGGGAGUUGGUGCCCCGCCCCCCAGGCCUUGGCGGGGUCAUGGGGGCCCCCCAUUCUGGGCCGGGGGGUGUGCGAGUCGGGGCCCUGCUGCUGCUCGGGGUUUUGGGGCUGGUGUCUGGGCUCAGCCUGGAGCCUGUCUACUGGAAUUCGGCAAACAAGAGGUUCCAGGCAGAGGGUGGUUACGUGCUCUACCCUCAGAUCGGGGACCGGCUAGAUCUGCUCUGCCCCCGGGCCCGGCCUCCGGGUCCCCACUCCUCUCCUAAUUAUGAGUUCUACAAGCUGUACCUGGUAGGGGGUGCCCAGGGCCGGCGCUGUGAGGCACCCCCUGCUCCAAACCUCCUCCUUACUUGUGACCGGCCAGAUCUGGAUCUCCGCUUCACCAUCAAGUUCCAGGAGUAUAGCCCUAACCUCUGGGGCCACGAGUUCCGCUCACACCACGAUUACUACAUAAUUGCCACAUCGGAUGGAACCCGGGAAGGCCUGGAGAGCUUGCAGGGAGGUGUGUGCCUCACCAGGGGCAUGAAGGUGCUUCUCCGAGUGGGACAAAGUCCCCGAGGAGGGGCUGCCCCCCGAAAGCCUGUGUCUGAAAUGCCCAUGGAAAGAGACCGAGGGGCGGCCCACAGCCUGGAGCCCGGGAAAGAGAGCACUGCAGGUGACCCCACCAGCAAUGCAACCUCCCGGGGUGCUGAAGGCCCCCUGCCCCCUCCCAGCAUGCCCGCAGUGGCCGGGGCAGCAGGGGGGCUGGCGCUGCUCUUGCUGGGCGUGGCAGGGGCUGGGGGUGCCAUGUGUUGGCGGAGACGGCGGGCCAAGCCUUCGGAGAGUCGCCACCCUGGUCCUGGCUCCUUCGGGAGGGGAGGGUCCCUGGGCCUGGGGGGUGGAGGUGGGAUGGGACCUAGAGAGACUGAGCCUGGGGAGCUAGGCAUAGCUCUGCGGGGUGGUGGGGCUGCAGACCCCCCCUUCUGUCCCCACUAUGAGAAGGUGAGUGGUGACUAUGGGCAUCCUGUGUACAUCGUGCAGGAUGGGCCCCCCCAGAGUCCCCCAAACAUCUACUAUAAGGUAUGAGGGCUCCUCCAACCUGGCUCUCCUGGAUCCAGCCCUUUGUGGGGUGCUUCUCCAGUUUAAUUCAUGGUUUGAGGGACACCUCUAGCAUCUCCUUGGCCCCCUUUGCCCCAUCAGCUUCUCUGCUCCUCCUGGCUCUUGCCUCUCCUCCACUUUUAGGAUUCCCUGAGACAUCCACCCAACUAUCGCCUGCCCUCUGGUUGGCUGUGUGUACCCUUCUGUCUCUGUGUUUCUGGGUCCUGUUCCCCUGGGGAGGGGGCAGAGACUCAGCCUCCUCCUCUAAUCAUGACCCAGAGAUCCUUGUUCCCCUCACCCACUGAGAGCUAGGGGUGGGAACAGUCUGUCUUUUGGUUGGUACUUCUCUUUCUGCCUCUCACUGUUUUUCUCUUCUCCCUCUCUUUUAUUUUCUUUCUCUCUCCUCUGUCUCUAGGUCUGUUCCUCUUCCCUAGCACCCUCCUCCCUGUAUCUCCUUUUACUUACCCUCUUGGCUUCUUAUCCUGUGCCCCUCCCAUCUCCAGGGUCGGGGCAUCAAAGCAUUUCUCCCCUCAGCUCCCUCUUCUGACUUCUCUUACC